GAAUUAUCUCCCUUAGAAUCGACUACUCUUUUACUUUGUGAAUCACGUUCGCUAUGCUAAGCGCAGUUGGCCAUCAUAGUGGAAAACAUGAGUAGUUUAACGAGGCUAUUUUAUAUCUGUCUUUUCACAGUUGUUGCAACAGUCGUAACUGCCCAGUAUGAAGAUUACCGUUGCAAGUGUGUCUGUCCAUCACAGACUGUUGUCAAUGCCACAGAAACUGGACGCAAGGUUUAUAUAAAGAAGGUCAACCCAAACCAGUGCAAAUGUGAAGAUGUUGUCUGGCCUCUACCUGAGAAGGCCACAGAAUUCUGUCCUCGCUGUGAGUGCAAGUAUCAGAGUAGAAAUGUCACUCUGAUAAAGAUUAUGGUGACCAUCAUAAUAUGCGUGGUAUCAUUGCUGUUUGUCUACAUGGUGUUCCUGCUCUGUCUGGAUCCGUUGCUUGUCAAGAAACCAGGUCGCUACCAAGAGCAGACAAAUGAGGAGGUGAAUUUGGUUACUUUCACGGCUGGGAAAACAUGGACCCUCUUCGAAGAUGAGCAGACAUUACCUCCAGCACCCAGCAGUGUAACACCAGAGCUUGUUGCACCACCACCUCCACCACCACCGCCACUAGCCGCACAGCUUGGCAGACAGCGCUCCAUUCUCAACAGAGUCAGUGACGAGCAGAAGAAGUGGAAAGGCACUGUGCAGGAGCAGAGACGUAACAUCUAUGACCGUCAUUCCAUGUUGAAUUGAAACCACUACCCUGUCUCACUCUCUCUCUCUUUCUCCUCCCUAUAAACAUCUCACUCUGCUGUCCAUUGGUCAGCUGUAUGGUGGAGGAGGAGAUAGAGGCUGCUUGGGGUUUGUGGUUGUGUGCAUGUGUUAGAUUGACCUGUUGGCCGUGUUAAUGAGGUGUGUGUGUGUGUGUGUAUUUAGUGAAGAGCUUGUUGUGGUGUCCCUCUCAUCUCUCUCUUCCUCAUUGCUGAUACUCAGCUUCCUACUGUUCUCUUUUGUUUUCAUGUUUCAUGAAUCAGUGUUGCCUGUCUAGUCGCAUCCAACCAACUCCUUCCCCCAUCCCAUGUCACCUCAUCAAUCUCAUACAAAACUAUGAUAGUAACUUACGCAGUCGGAAAGGAGGGUAAACAACAAGCAUUAUUGUAUAUACAAAGAUAUAUAAUUUUAUGUCCAUUUUCUGCAAAUGAAGUAUGUUAUGUUUCAUUAUUUAACUUAUUAAUUAAUUAAUAUAUUUUAUGUUACACUAAAUGACAGCUUUAAUCUAACAAUUUACCAAAACUGAGAUCUUUGUACCUCUUUCUACAAUAUUAGUGAUAUAUCUGAAAUACUUCAGUAUAUUUUUAUGUAUUGAUGCAUAAUAUUAAGAUAUAGGUGAUGAAUAAUAACAGUAUUUACUCACUUUUCCCCUUCUUUCAUUGCAACAAAUCCCCCCCACAUUAAUAUUAUUGUAAAAGUCUUGUAUCCUGUGUUUGGAUGGAAUUCAAAGUAGGUCCGAGUGAGUUUGAGAGAAAAUAACGGAUGAAUGUAAAACUGAGAAGUUGGAUGCAUGUGUGAACGUGUGAACUUAAACCUGUCACUGAAAUAUCAAUUUGUAAAUAAUAGAAAUAACUAAGGAGAGUGAAUGAGAAGUGGAGGCUUUAAAUAUUUCCUCGUAACUGAGGAUUGGAUUUAUUCUCUUAGUUUUAACUGUUUGUACAGAGGCUUCCAUUAGUUAAGAGCAGUGUGUAGCUGGGUGCCUGGUCCUCUUCCGUGUUUUAUAACCAUUAUAUGUGUGUUUGCGUCCAAAUUUUUGCCAAUGUUUGUGAAACAUGAAACAGUUAUUGUCAAAAAAAAAAUUCCAAAUGUUAUAAUUAAUUAUUAUGAAACAAAUUCUUCAAAGGAACAAUAUUUUAUCUGAAGAUGAAAUUGUGUUAAUAUGUUAAAAUUAUUAUUAUAUAUAUAUAU